UUCCAACCGUCGCCCCGAAGACGACGAAACUUGUUUACCCCCACGGAGUGACACCAUCUCAAAGUGCUGCAGAGGACUCUCGGAUGCUGACUCUGAUGGCUAAUAGGAGUGGCUCUCCGAAUGGCGGUGGCCUUCCUUGCCCUCUGAUUGCUGGCUGUGACUGCGAACGAUAAAAAAUAGCUGCUAAUUCGAUCAGUAUCGGUUAGUGAUUUGCCACAGAAGGAAGUGCGUUUCGGCAGAUCUUAAUAGCUUUUCCGCUAUUCCGCGAGUUGUGCAUAUAGUUGAAAGCAAAAGUAGCUAGGGCGUGAAGAUCUUAGUUCCUGUGUGUUUCGCAGCUUCAGCUUCAGGUUGGCCUUGAUAGGAGUGGUGCUCCGGCGCCAAGUUAUAAACUACCCGAACGAAUACGUGCCAGUGGAAAACGCCACCGCUGUGUUACAUCAAGGGGAGCUUAGUGUGAACCUGCUGGUGAUUCGGACGGUCGAAUGAAAACGAACCUGAUCUACCGGUUGCUGACGCGCAAACUUCAAAAUAUGCGCAUGUGAAUUUUCGAGAUCGAUAACAAUUCGACGAACAGUGUGUGGUGGUGUAGUGACGCGUGAAAUUUUGAUGCCAAAAAAGCUUGUGGUGCCAGUCUGAUAGUAGAAAAAGUUGAAUUGUUGUAUUUUAAGCCAGGGAACUGUCAUAACUGCCAUAGCAGAGUAUAUGCGGAUAGUUUUCACACAGUUCGUUCCUGUCGUUGAACCGGUUCAGAGGAGUGACAGCUAGUGACCGUUUUUAUGUAACUCGCAACGUUAUUGAAGGAAUUAGCGACGAAGAAGCUAGUCGAUAGUGAAAAUGCGUGAGAAUAUCUAUCUGCUGAUGGGGACAGCAUGUGCCCUGCUAUGUCUGCAAGUCGUUCGGACGGAUUUAAGCGAGAACGAUACGGAUUAUGACGAGGAAGGAUUUUGGAUCGGGCAUGGACUAGGGAGCAGAAAAGAAGGUGAUGAAAUCCUCAAAGUGAUGUAUAAAUCCGUUGGCCCGUUCAACGAACCACAGAACGUCACCAUCGUGGAAAAAUUCAACGCUGGCGAAGGCGAAAGUAUUACCUUCACACAGUUCAACACAUCGCGGGUGCUGCUGUACUUCCGCGAAGUGGUUCUCGAUUUCAACCCAAAAAAUUUCUACAUUAAACUGAACCUGUACAAUAUUACGAACCUCCGACUGCAACGAACGGUGUACGGUCAUCGAUCAAACGCAGUGAAACGACGAAAUGUAUUGUAGGUAGUAGGUAAUAAGGAUGUACUAUAAUUGUUGUAAAGUUAACUUAACGUCGUAGAGCAUCAUGUAUUGUUAAGAAUAUAUUAGUAUUCAGUUGAAAUCCGAUACAUAGAAAGAACAGUCUAGCACGGACUAACAAAGCCAAAAAUAUUAUAACUUCAACCAUUCGUAAUUUAUCCGACAGCAGCCGCUUUUUCUGCUUGUUUUUGAUAGAGCAAUAUUUAUUAGAGUUUGCUAGUAAAUCGUUGGUAUGGUACAAAAUAAUAUGUAGUGUAAUCUCCUUCAAAUCGACGAACGAAAAGCAAACAUACCUCAUACAAACCACCACCCACUGCCGCAGAAACUGAUACAACCAUGUGUCAACGAUAGGAAUGGUGCCAAACAAACAGUAUCACCAAGCCGAUGAAUAAAUACUCACAUUUAGAUGCACUUAAACCCGUAACCUGAGUCGUGACAAAUCCCAUUGAAAGUAGCAGUUAUGAAAAUAAACGUGUAGGUUAUUACAAUUACGACAAUCACUUGCUAAUGACAACGACAAACGAAAGUUUCCCCCAGCAUCGAUUGAGUGUUAUUAUUAUCGACGUUCGGGUCUGAGCGGUGACUCCCAACAAGGAUAUGCUGAUGGAGGAAUCGAAAGUGAGUUAUGAAUAAGUACUAAAGAUAGACACCGUUGCAUAUAUGUAUUUACCAUACCAUACCAUGUAUACCGCCAAGAUUGAUAGCUUUAAGCAAUCCGGAUGUCAAUUUGUCUCCUUAUGUCAGCUGGUUGAUUAUGCAAUCUCUUCUAGUUCGUAUGUACUAUGUUUGUAUCUGCCUGUUAAGUUUUUAAGCAAAUAAAUGAAACUCUGAGUGAGUCAAACCGGGUGGUUAUUUA